AUGCACUUAGAUGCAGUGGUUGUUGGCGCUGGCUUCAGCGGGAUUGCAUCUUUGUAUCGCUUGAGGAAAGCUGGAUUAACAGUUAAGGCUUUUGAAGCUGGUCCUCGCCUUGGGGGAGUCUGGCACUGGAAUCGCUACCCAGGAGCUCGGGUUGACGGCGAGUACCCUUUUUAUCAGCUUAAUAUUCCUGAGGUUCAGCAAGGCUGGGAUUGGGAGUUCAAAUUCCCUGACCGAAAGGAGCUGGCUGGAUAUUUUGACCAUCUUGACAAGAUCCUGGGCCUUAGCAAAGACACGUAUUUCAAUUCUGAGGUCACAAGUGUUCGGUACAAUGUUGUUGAAGGACAGUGGACCGUGAAGGCAGGGCAGCGUACUGCAACUUGCAAGUACCUAAUUUUGGCUGCAGGUGCUCUUCACCGAGCUCAUCGCCCGGAUUUUCCAGGACUCAGCAAUUUCGCAGGUCAGGUCUACCACACGGCAUCUUGGCCCGAAAACAUCGACCUCUAUGGCAAAAGAGUGGCUGUGAUAGGUACGGGUGCUACCGGCGUCCAAGUCAUACAGGAACUAUCAAAGCAAGUCGAUUACCUCUUGGUUUGCGUGAGGAACCCUAGCUACUGCCUUCCGAUGGUUCAAAAAAGGGUUAGCGAAGAAGAGAAAUUGGCAACCAAACCUAAACUUCAGGAAAUCCUGGCAAAAUGCCGCAACGACCCAGCAGGGUACUUUUCAGCGAAGAAACAAGGCAAAGUCUUUGAUCAGACGCUCGAGGAACGAGAGGCUUACUGGGAAGAGUUGUGGUCCCAAGGAGGAUCACAUUUUGCCUCAUCAAAUUACAGCGAUAUCCUUACCGAUCAAGCGGCUAACCUUGAGAUAUACAAUUUCUGGGCCAAAAAGACCCGUGCACAAAUGACAGAUCCUGUAAAGAUGGACAUUGUCGCUCCCUUGAAGCCGCCGUAUCCUUUUGGCGCCAAAAGGUGUGUUCAAGCUCAGGACUAUUAUAAGUGCUUAAACCAGGCAAAUGUCGAAGUCAUUAGCAUCCAAAACUCACCUAUCUCCGAAUUCAACAGAAACGGAUUUGUCACCGAGGAUGGGACCCAGAAGAACUUUGAUGUGCUGGUAUUAGCAACUGGUUUUGACAGCUUUACCGGGUCGUAA